CGCCUGCCCAUCACGUCUAAGCCACAGUCAAUGGCAGCACCAGGGUCGCCUUCAGAUAGCGUAAAGCUAGACUUCGAAGCCAAGGAGGCUGCUUCGAUUGAGCAACUAGAUUUCGUGUCCUACUACGAGAACAAUGCCGGGCGGCUUGUCGUCGCUCCUGAGGAAGCGAAAGUGGAAUUUGGAGAAGAGGUUGCGAAGGCCUUGAAGCUGACCCCUGAUGGGACGACAGUUCUGUGGCCUCAACCCUCUGACGAUCCCGAAGACCCCCAGAACUGGUCGAACGUUCGCAAAGGCUUUCAGCUUUUCAUCAUUACCUUAGCCGCCAUCGUGCCCGAUUUCGACAACGGCGUGGCGACUGGAGUUCUGUUUGCUCUCUCAAGACAAUUCAACACGACGACGGGAGAGAUAAAUGACUUAACGAACAACUGGAGCAUAUUUCUACUCGGGUGGGGCGGUAUAUUCUCCGUUAUGCUCAUGAGACGGUACGGACGACUGCCAGUCUUGUUCUGGUCUCAAGUUCUCUCUCUGGCCUUCCUACUUGGUAAUACUUUCUCGCCGAACCUGAAUACCUUUGCUGCCAUGCGAUGUCUGAACGGUUUUUUUGGGACGACGCCUCAAGUGACUGGCCUAUACGUCAUCUCCGACAUGUUUCCUUUCCAUCUCCAAGCCCGUAAGCUAAACAUCUGGACAAUGGGAUUUAUUGUCUCUCCGUUCAUUUCUCCCAUGGCGUUCGGAUUCCUGGUGGCGGCAGCAAACUGGCGUUUGUCCUAUGGCAUUGCGUGCGUUUACGGUGCCGCAGUGCUAACGCUGAUAGCGCUUUUCGGCGAAGAGACCAUGUAUGACCGCUCCCUGAAGGAUCCUCGACCGUACCCUCUGCCGAAAUCUUGGAUUCGAAGGAGAUUUGAACUUCUGUCUGGAAUCGUUGGCGCUCGCAUGGCGAAAUUCAGGGCAUCCUGGAAGGAAGUGUCUACCAUCUGGGUCCACCUGGCAUGGAGGCCACAUAUCGUCGGUAUUCUACUUUUUGAGGCAAUGCUGUUUGGGUUCGGUAUUGGCAUUAACGUACGUACACCGUUGCGGACGAGCUUACGAGCUGAGGGGGUUUUACGUACUAUCCAGGGAACAAAUGGCGUCUUUCUAAGCCAGCCACCGCCUGUAGGAUAUGGAUUUGACCAGAUACGCAUUGCAGGAUGCUAUGCAACGCCUGUCGUUGCAGUCGUCCUAGGAGAAUUACUCGGUCGUUAUCUCAACGACUGGAUUAUGCACCUCUCAAUCCGUAGAAACAACGGUGUGUUCGAGGCUGAAAGCCGACUUUGGGCAUGCUACGUCGCUGUGGCGUUCUACACGUGUGGCAUGAUACUGCUGGGUGCCGGAUUCCAGAAGCAUCUCAGCAUCGCGGCUUUCAUCAUCGGAUGGGGUCUAGUUGAGAUUGCCACUAUGAUAAAUACCACAGUUGUCUAUGCCUAUCUCAACGAUUCAUUUCCUAGAUUCAAGGGCGAGAUGUCAGCUAUGCUGAACCUAGCACGGACGCUGGGGGGCUUCAGCGUGGCGUACUUCCAAGUCCCCUGGGCACUCAAGCACGGAGCUUUGCAAACAUUUGGAUGCGAGGCAGCUGUUGUUGCGGCGCUAUUCUUGCUUAUCGUACCGGCGCUGCAGCUGAAGGGGAGAUUACUGAGAAACCGGUUUUCGAUGUAGCGAGAGAGCCUUCAAGUCGAUUGCCGUGAACUCACAUCGAAAGCUAGCAAUGGAUGGGG